UCAAAUUAUUUUUAAUGAUAAUUGUCAGAUACCUUUUUACUACCAACAAGUUUGUCAAAAUCAAACGGAGAUUCCAAUCGAUUUAAGUCAUUUAGAACCGAAAUUAAAUAGUCAAUUAAUGAAAAUACUUCAAACAAAUGAAGAAGUACUUCAACUCCCAGGUCAACCCCUUAUUUAAAGCCCCUAAGAAAUACGCGUUAGCACAUUGUGUAUCAAAAGAUUUUCAUAUGAAUAAAGGUAUUGCUUUAACGUUUAAACAAAAAUAUGAAGGAAUCAAUGAAUUAAAAUCGCAAAAUAAGUCAACAGGAGAAGUUGCUUUUAUUAACCGAGAUAAUAGAAAUAUUUACUAUUUAAUUACGAAAGAAUUUUAUUAUGAAAAACCGAAGUAUGAAACAGUUUUUAAAGCGUUAAUAGAUUUACGGAAAUUAUGUGAAAAUAAUAAUGAGAAAUAUUUAGCGUUACCACGAAUUGCGUGUGGUCUAGACCAAUUGGAAUGGUCUAUAAUAUUCAAAAUGAUACAAUUCAUCUUUAUGCAUUCAAAUGUAAACAUAAUGAUAUAUAAUAUUCGAAGUAAAAAGAAAAAGGAAGUAAAUAAUAAAAAUACUGAUUUUAAUGGUAUUGAAUAUGAAGAAUUUAUGAAAUUGAUUAAAGAAGCUACUUAUGAAGAAGUAGAUGAAGACGAAUUAGCGUCAAUGAUUAAUCAAGUUACUGAAGAGGAAUUAGAUGAAUGUUUAGAGCUCUUGAAUGCUCAUGAUAAAAAUACUAAUAAUUCGAAUCAGAAUAUUAAUAAUGAUAAUAAUGAAGGAACUCACUCAAAUGAAAAUUAUAAUAAUGAUGAUAAUAUUGAAAAUGAUUCGAAUCAAGAUAAUGAUGAUGAAAAUGAUGAUUUUACUGUCCAUAGUAACGUAGAAAAUCCAAUUUUAGAGUUACCAUAUACGGAACGAUGUUUAAAUGCAUAUCCUUUGCAAAUAAUAUUUAAAAUAGCAUCAAAUUAUAACGUUACCAAAACGAAGUUAUUUGGAGAUAAAAUAAGAUUUCGUGUUUUGAUAAAUUCAAUUGAUAAUGAUUUAUUUAAAUUCAUUAAAGAAUAUGUUCGUCCUGAAAAACCUUACACGAUAUAUUUUUAAUCCGAAGAGCUAGAAGAAUCCCUUAUUAGAAUCCUACAAGAUAAAUUUGAUCAUAAAACUAUUAAAUUUAAAAUUGCUAAAAUAUUUGUUGAAGAUGUUGAAGAUAAAGAAGAACAAAUUUUACGAAUCCAACAAUAUCAUGAAACUAAAACUAGACAUCGUGGUGUAAGCGAAAAUUUUAUUAGUUUAAGACGAAAAUAUUAUUGGCCUAAUAUGAAUAAAGAUGUACGAAAUUAUAUUAAUUCAUGCGAAAUAUGUCAAAAGAGUAAAUACGAAAGAACUCCUAUACAACUUCAAUUCAAACCUAACCCUAUAGGAUCAAAACCCUUUACACAUGUUUAUUGUGAUACCAUAUGAUUUGGUCAAACCUAUUGUUUAAGCAUAGUAGAUUCAUUUUCAAGAUUAGGACAAUGUUAUCCUCUAAUUCAGAAAACAGGAACGGAAAUAAUUGAUAAAUUAAUAAUGUAUUUUAGUCAUUAUGGUGUACCCUCUAAAAUCACGUGUUACAACGGAUUAGAAUUCAAAAAUAGUGUCGUUCAAGAUUUUUGUAAAGUACAUAAAAUCGAAAUUCAUUAUAUCACAAAUUACAAUCCAAAUUCCAAUGCAAUUGUGGAAAGAUUUCAUUCAACAUUAAUUGAGCAAUUACGUACUAUUGAUGAUAAAAAUUCUACUUUUCAAAAUAAAUUAGCUCUUGCUUUAUUAAGUUAUAACAAUUCUAAUCAUUCGAGUCUAGAAAUGACUCCAAUGCAAAUAAUCAAAGCUGAUUUAAAUUAUUCAUUACCCAUUGAAAAAACUCAUAAUGAACAAAUACAAGAUUAUGUUGAAAAUUAUGUGGAAAAUCUCAAUGUUAUUUCGAAAGAAUUAGAAAAAAGAAAGCAUAAAAGUAUUAAUCGUUUAGAAAACAUAAAUCAAAAAAGGUCCGCUGAAGAAGACCAUCCAUUGAAUGAUAAUCCCACUUAUAUUAAAAAUCCUAUUACAAGAAAGUUAGAUCUGGUAUUUAAAAAGAUAGAUGCUCGAGAAAUUGAUUCACAUCGUAUUCAAGAUAAAAAGAAUAAGCAUAUUUAUCAUAAAAGAAUUCUCAAACAACGAAAGAAAAAAUAGUUUAUUUUGUUUCAGACAUAAUGCUCCUGAAAACGAGCUUCCUUCUUAUAUUAUGCGAAAUGAUAAUUUUGAUUAAUUCCUUUGAAAUAAUUCCAAUAGAAAAUAAUA